UUGCAAUUCCCUUGCUCAACAUUGCGUUUACGGAAAGAGGUAAUUCUAAGUAGUUGCGCAGGUCCAACAUUCCACAAUGGCAACCAAAGGCAAAUUCGAGCCCAAGACACCGGUAGUGCUCAACCCACCAAAGGACGACCCUAUCACCCCAGAGUUUUUGUCGAGGUGCAAUGGUAUUGACAGCAACCUGUGCUACGUCGCGAUCAAAGGCAAAGUCUUCGACGUAACCGGAAACAAGUCCUACGAGAAAGGCGGCUCUUACCACGUAUUCGCAGGCCACGAUGCCUCCCGCGCCCUCGCCCUCACCUCCACAAAACCCGAAGACGUGCGACCCGACUGGGAAGACCUAGACGACAAAGAAAAGCAGACCCUCGAUGACUGGAUGACAUUUUUCAGCAAGCGGUAUAACGUCGUCGGUCUUGUAACUUCUCCUCCGUCUGGCUCUACGCCAGCAUAGGAGUAGAACGGUCAUGUGGCUAUUUGAUGAUGGGACGGGAGGGAGUUCGGCGUACAUACUCAAGCAAUGCCGCUUCAUAUUGGGCGGGAGAAAAAGCCGAGACCGGAGCAAGAAUAAGUACAUCACACCGAAUCACAUCUUGCCUCGAGCUGCCAUACGAUCUAUUUUUGCCGGAGGCCUCUCCUGCUCCGCUAACCGGGAAGUCCCGUCGUUAGGUACUUGACGGCUAUUCUACCCAAAAACUCGGAUCCGACGUGGCUGACUGGAUCGACAUUUGUGCAACGGAGCCAUUCUGUCUCUCGCUGAAUCUGGAGCAACCUCCUGAAUGUCGUGCUAUGGCUGUUUUACAUAACGUGCUGUGUUACUCCCGCUGGUUAUGUUCCCGGUCCAUGC